AGGUAGUUGGAACCACCAACUUACAUGUGAUAUAUUUUUAAUGACAAUAACAUUAAUAUGUGUGAUUGAUAUUUGUGUUCCAUGCGUACUAUUUCCUUUUUCUAGUUUGUUUCUUUGUUUACGUUCAUAUAACAUACAAAAUUUAUAAUACCUAAGGAAACUGCAAUAUAAUACCCGCCAAAUUAUGGAUAACUACAGAUUCGGCACGAUUGACUACAUCGUACUUCUGGGAGUGACGGUAUUGUCCACUGGAAUAGGUCUAUAUUUCGGAAGGAAACCCCAGAAGGAGCUGCAUGAGGUUAAAGUUUCCCAGCCAAAGGUAAAUUGUGGGUAUAAAAAGAUAGACGAAUAUCUUUUGGGGUCCCGCAAUAUGAAAGCAGUUCCAGUAGCUAUUAGUCUUAUAGGCAGCUUGGUUUCAGGCGUUACCAUUGUAGGCACACCUUCUGAGAUCUACCAUUAUGGCACUCAGUAUUUUCUUGUUAUCAUAGGAAUUAUUCUCCAAGGAAUUGUCAUGUCCUACAUUUAUUUACCCGUGUACUCGGCUAUUCAAGUCAGCUCAGCCUACGAGUACUUGGGGUUGCGAUUUAACUCGAGUGUUAGGAGCAUAGCUUCUGUUAUAUAUAUUUUCAGUACGCUAACAUAUUUGCCAUUCGUUGUAUUUGUUCCGGCAUUAUCUUUAAAUCAGGUUUCUGGCCUAAACAUUUAUCUGAUUGAAGUGGUAGUUAUAUUGGCUUGCGUUAUCUAUACCUUUAUGGGUGGUCUCAAGGCUGUGGUCCACACGGAUGUCUGGCAAGUGCUGGUUAUGUUUUUUUCCAUGGUGGCAAUAGCUGUUUUAGCCAUAUACUACUCUAAUGGCUUGGAAGCACUUUUUGACGACGUGGAAAAGGGCGGACGAUUAAUAUUAAACAACACAAAUCCGUCACCAUAUGUUCGCCACACCGUUUGGAGCGUUAUUAUCGGGGGCUUCUCAUUCUUUACCUCUAAUAGUGCCGCUGGUCAACAUAUGGUACAGCGAUAUUUGUCACUACCUUCGCUAAAGAAAUCCCGAGAGGCCUCUUGUCUUUACACCAUUGGAGUGUCUAUCUUUGUCUCCGUUUGUUGUUUUUCGGGAUUGCUUAUUUAUUCCAAGUACAAGGAUUGUGAUCCUCUGAGUGCUGGGCUUAUUACGAAUGACGAUCAACUCCUGCCGCUUUUUGUGGUCCAAAGUAUGGGUCACAUUUAUGGAAUGCCUGGCUUAUUUAUAGCCGGGAUAUUCGGAGCUGGUCUAAGUUCACUUUCGUCGUGUUUCAAUACGAUUUCCCUGGUGUUUCUGGAAGACAUAGUUCGUGGAUUCUUCAAGAGGCAGCCCAGCGAGAGGGUAGCCACCCUACUAAUCAAGUCGAGCAUUAUAUUUCAGGGAGUUCUGACAUUUCUUCUCGUAUUUCUGCUACAAUACUUGCGAGGAAUUUUAAGUGUUUGCAAUUCAAUAACGUCGAUCACAAGUGGCACUGCUUUGGGAAUAUUUACCCUGGGAAUGCUGGUUCCUUGGGCAAAUACGAUUGGCUCAGCCGUGGGUGGGAUAUCGAGCAUUCUACUAGCAGGCUGGAUAACUUUUGGAUCGCAGAUUGCAGCAGCAUCGGGACAACUCAAAUCACAUAUGCUUCCCGUGUCCGUGGAGGGAUGUUUGGGAAAUGUGACCACCCCCGAAGAACACUGGGUGGAUCAGGAUCAAGUGUUUCCACUGUACCGGCUUUCAUACCUCUGGAUAAAUCCCAUUGGGGUUGUUACAGCCGUGGUGGUGGGGACAUUGGUCUCCCUCGUGACGAAACCCACUGAUAUUAAGACGCUCCGUGCGGAACUGAUAUCGCCAGUGAUCCAUAGAUUCCUUCCGAAAGAAUGCUUUGAAGGUAGCACCCAUAAUCCGACCACUGCAGAGAACCUUCUGAAUCAAGUACCUAAGGAAUAUGAAGCAGAUUUAUUGAUAGUCCCUUAAAAGUUAAAAAAUCAUACCAAUACUAACUUAAUUAUUUCUAAUUUAA